GAAAAGGAAUACGUGCGGAUGAGAGAGAAUCAGAUGCCGCUGGACCACCACUCUUCCUUUUGAUAUAUAAAGCGUACCCGUCUCUCACAUUUUUCCACAUUGGAGACACAUAUAUUUUAUUUUCCUCUGUUUUUCCUUUGGACACUCUUUGUGAUUUUCUCGUAAGCCAAACGCUCAACAAUGGCCGAUCAGCUCACCGACGACCAGAUCUCAGAGUUCAAGGAGGCUUUCAGCCUCUUCGACAAGGACGGCGAUGGUUGCAUCACUACCAAGGAGCUUGGGACUGUCAUGCGCUCACUUGGUCAGAACCCAACUGAAGCUGAGCUUCAGGAUAUGAUCAAUGAGGUUGAUGCUGAUGGGAAUGGAACCAUUGAUUUCCCUGAGUUUCUUAACCUGAUGGCCAGGAAGAUGAAGGACACUGAUUCUGAGGAGGAGCUCAAGGAAGCCUUCCGGGUGUUUGAUAAGGACCAGAAUGGCUUCAUUUCUGCUGCUGAGCUUCGUCAUGUUAUGACAAAUCUUGGUGAGAAGCUGACAGAUGAGGAAGUGGAUGAGAUGAUUCGUGAGGCUGAUGUGGAUGGUGAUGGGCAGAUCAACUACGAGGAGUUCGUCAAAGUCAUGAUGGCCAAGUGAGGAUCAAUUGACCAAAAUCAAAAAUUUGAUAUAAAAACGUAAAAGGGAACUGGGCAGAUAAGUUUAAAGAGAUUUCCGUAUCCCCUUAGGACAUCUUCAUUUGGUAUUGCUAGCUUUUGGUUGGUUCGUUGUCUCUUUUCUUGUAUGCAUUAUUUGUGGUACUGUUCUUCUAGUAUCUACUUGUUUGCUGUCUCUUAAUAGUUCCUCUUUGGUAGUGUCCCUUACUUUUCAUUGGUAUGUUCAUUCUUCUUUUUGGUAUCAAUGACCUAGAACAAUUGGGUGAAUCUGAUGUUUCUGCUUAUGGGUGAGUAUCAUUGUUAAUAUUGCGAGUUUUAGUA